AUGUCGGGCAAAUACUAUGCCACCAGCACCAUCAACACCUUCAGCCCUACCAUGAUCAUGAUCAUGAUUAAAGAGGGCCUCCGAGCCCGAGCCAUCUGCGCAUCGGAGCAGUCUGAAGAAGUAUCCCGGAAUCUAAAGGGACCGUUCUCGGACUGGCAGGAACACUCCACCGUUGAGCGGAAUCCCGCCAACAGGCAUGGCUGGCUGAGUGGAGCUAUCCGAGCGAUGUCGGCAAACCGGCCAACUAGGCGCAGGGACCACCGCAAGGCGGGUGGAUUCCAGAGAGAAGAAACCACCGCGAGCACGAAAAUAUUCGGAAGGUUGAAUGCUCACCCGCAAACGGAUCUAUCGUCCCGACCGAUCCUUUUGAAAUGGAUGAUCAGGUGA